AUGGCUACUAUGGCCGCUCGCUUCGGUGCUUCUCCCACUCGUCUUUUUCGCACAAAUAUGACCUUUACUACCCGUCCUGGGCAACAGGCUCGCCAUAUCUCCUUCUCCUCCUACUUGGUUACUCCGACCCAGCUCAAUGAAGCUCUCAAGAAGAACCCACCGACUAAGAUUUCGACUGCUCCACGAGUGAUUCCCCUCUGUGCAGCAUGGUUCAUGCCCAAUGACCCCGAAGGUCGCAAGGGCAUUGACUCGUUCCGCCAGUCUCGUAUCCCGCAGUCCCGCUUCUUCGACCUUGAUGCGGUCAAGGACCAUGAUUCGCCUUAUCCACACAUGCUCCCUACCUGCGAGACAUUCGCUGAGGCGAUGAGUGAACUUGGUAUCCGCCGCGAUGACGAGGUGGUGGUCUACGAUACGGCUGAGCUGGGUAUCUUCAGUGCCCCCCGUGUGGGCUGGACCUUGCGUGUGUUUGGUCACCCCAAUGUCCACAUUCUCAACAACUACCGCCUCUGGACCCGCGAGGGUCUUCCCACUGAGAGCGGCGAGCCCGCUCCCGUCGAGAAGAGCAAGUAUCCCGUGCCGACUUACGAUUCCAAGUUGGUCAUUGCCUUCCGUGAGAUGAAGGAGCUGGCAUUGGACUAUGGCAAGGAGGGUGCGGAGGAGAUCGAGAUCUUGGAUGCUCGCUCGUAUGGUCGCUGGGCUGGUACUGACUCCGAGCCGCGCCCCGGUCUUUCCUCCGGUCAUGUCCCAGGCUCAAAGAGCUUGCCGUUCCAGGAAUUGCUGGACCCCGAGACCAAGACUUAUCUUCCCGCCGAGCAGUUGAAGAAGGUCUUUGAGGAUCACAAGGUUGAUCCUUCUCGAUCAAUUAUCAGUUCAUGUGGCACUGGCGUAACGGCGACGGUCAUUGAGACAGCUUUGGGAGAGGCAGACUAUGGCAACCCUAAUCUCCGUCGGGUAUAUGACGGCAGCUGGACUGAAUGGGCUCAACGAGUCAAGGAAUCCGAUGGCCUGAUCAAGAAGGUUAAGUCGUAG